AAACCCUGAAAACUUUGGCUCAUUCACGAACCAACAUGGGCUCGGACAUGUUUCUGUGCAUAUUUCUUAUCGUGUGUGCAGUUUCUGUCGCUACCGAGGAACAUAAGCGCGCGGCAUCAUGUGACCCUAAUUAUUUACACGAACUUGAGACAAAGGUGCAAACCAUGUUGACGUCAGUCUCUACUUUGACAGCACAACUAUCAACACAACAAAAUGCUAUAGCCCAGUUGACGAGUAAGACAACGACACUAGGAUCUGGAGGCAUGUACACUAGAUGGGGUAAAAGCGAAUGUCCAGCAAACUCCUCCCAACUAGUUUACGAAGGUUAUGCGGGUGGUUCCCACUACACAGACCAAGGUGCGGCGGCCGAGUACGUGUGUAUGCCAAGAAACCCUGUCUACGAGUACACAGAUUAUCACGACUAUGACGGUUACAUCUUCGGGUCCGAAUAUGAAAGUACCUUUUUCGGCACAACAAGAGUAUCAGACGACGUUCCCUGUGCAGUGUGUAGAUCUUUUAGCCCUUCCACUCUCAUGAUUCCUGGAACCAACGCAUGUCCCGCCGGAUGGAAUAUAGAAUAUAAUGGAAUUCUCGCGUCUGGCUACCGUGGACACGCGGCAGCAUCUCAAUACGUUUGUUUGGAUAAAAAUCCAGAAGCUCUUCCUCAUGGAAUACGUAAGGAAGAUGGAAAACUGUUCUAUCGCGUUCGAAGUAAAUGCGGGAGUCUUCCUUGUCCUCCAUAUAUUGACGGAAGUAUUUUGUCAUGUGUUGUCUGCUCGAAAUAAAUACUUGUACAGAUUA